AUGGCGCAGCUCUGGGCGGUGUUCCUGGCCGUGGGGUCGCUCGCCAUCGGCCUGCUCGGGGUGCUCGGAGUCUGGCUCUGCUACCUGUUCCAGGCCGUGGCGCUGGGCCCACCUCCCGCCCCGCCGCCCGAGACGCCAGACACGAGCGACGACGGCGACGGCGACGACAAGAACGGGCUAUCGGAGGCGGAGCUGAGGCGGCUUGGCGGGGUCGUCCAGGCGGAGCCCGCAGUCGACGACGAGGAGGAGGCGCUCUGCCCCAUCUGCCUCGACGCCAUGGAGCCGGGCCGCGCCGUGCGCGUCCUCCCCGGCUGCAACCGCGCCUUCCACCAGGACUGCGUCGAUCGGUGGCUGGCCAUCUCGCCGCGCUGCCCCGUGUGCAACAUCUGGGCCACGCCGCAGUCGCCGCAGGCCUCGCUGACGGUGGCCAAGACUGCUCCGGGGUGCUGACACGGGGGGCGCGCGCGCGCUUUCUUGGUUCUUGACGAUUCUUGGUCCGCCUCUGAACUUCUGAUCAAGAAGCGUUCUUGACGUAACUCCAGUUAGUUUUCUUGGCUCGGGAGAGCGGUUCUUGUUGGUUUUCUUAGUCUGCUACUAGUACAUGGUUGUGUACAGGAUUCUUGGAUGGGAGACUGCAUGUAGUUACUAGAAAGAAAUGAGUAGGCUUUUGCAGAUUUUGGUCUCUUUUCUUCUAGCAGAUCGUCACA